CUCCCACUUGACCCAGCACAGAAACAUCGCAGCAUUUACUACAGCAGACAAUAAAAUGCUCACUAGAAGGCUUGUUAUUGGCCCUGUAAGGACCUGCUGUCAUCAGCUACACACCCAUCAGCUCUGCAGUUCACCAGCAAACAGGGGCACAUGCGGCUCUCACACCUUAUCAGGCACCUCUCUCUCCACUCAGGCUGCCCUGAGUUCCUCAGUGAGAGCAGCGAGGGGCGCUCAGUGGGGAUGUAUGCAGAGCAGUGAGAGGAGGAAAGGCGCAGCUGCGUUUGGGACGGGGUCUUUUUAUGUCCUUCUCAAAAGAAAAUGCAACUAGCACUAACUCAGCGCUCUCUCUGCUGGAUCUGAGACUUUCUGCUGAACAAAAAGUGGUUAUUUGGCUAAAACGCGAGUGGAUGAGCGCUAUUUUGGGACGCGGCGCGCUCAGGACUGGGACUACAGCAGCAGAGCGAACGCAAACUGGCCGGAUCGGGUUGCCAAAGCAGACAUGAAGCCAUAUUUCCUCCAUUUCUCGCUAUUUUGGAUGCGUAAGAGAGUCCACGGCGAGAGACUAAGCCCGAGUCCUUUGUUUGGAUGAGGCAGACAUGCCGGCCGGGCGAGCCGGGGCGCAGGUGGAUGUGGUGAAGAAGCGCUGGGGUAGUUUAGUGGAGCGCUGCUUUGGACGCUGCGAUGAGCUCGGCUCUUUGUUUUGUUCGCCUUUGUCGCCUCUCUAGGCUAAACGAAUAUGCUCGCUGUACGGGACGAGUCCUUAUGACGGACGUAUGAUCUGGUGGGUACCGACUCCUAACAUCACUUUCUCCUCAAAUCCUUUAUCUCUUUGAGCUUUGCUGCUGGGGGGAAGGACCACUAGAAUGCCUGAAGCCCUCUCCCCUGCCCAAGCCCUCUACAUGGGCAUGGAAGUGGUGAUCGCCGUGUCCUCCGUUUUGGGGAACGUCAUGGUAGUGUGGGCAGUGAAAAUCAGCAAGUCUUUGAGGGACACCACCUUCUGCUUUAUCGUGUCUCUGGCCGUGGCCGAUAUCGCCGUGGGCGCGCUGGUCAUUCCGCUGGCGAUCACCAUCAGCAUCGGGCUCCAGACGCACUUCUACAGCUGCCUGCUGGUGGCCUGCACCGUGCUCGUGCUCACCCAGAGCUCCAUCCUCGCGCUGCUGGCUAUCGCUAUUGACCGAUACCUAAGGGUCAAGAUCCCAACCAGCUACAAGCGAGUGGUCACUCCAAGACGAGCUGGUUUAGCAGUGGUUGUUUGCUGGACAGUGGCUUUCAUAGUUGGCCUGACUCCUAUGCUAGGCUGGAACAAUUUACACAACCUGCAACAAAAGAACGGCUCGCUAAGCCCGGACCUCAUCAUCACGUGCCAGUUCGAGAACGUCAUCAGCAUGCAGUACAUGGUUUACUUCAACUUCUUCGGCUGGGUGCUUCCACCACUGCUGCUCAUGCUGGCCAUCUACACAGAGAUCUUCUACAUGAUCCACAAGCAGCUGAACAAAAAGGUGAGCACGAGCCACACUGACCCAAACAAGUACUAUGACAAGGAACUGAAACUGGCUAAGUCACUCGCUCUUGUCCUGUUCCUGUUUGCGGUCAGUUGGCUUCCACUGCAUAUCUUGAACUGCAUCACUCUCUUCUGCCACGACUGCGAGAAGCCAAUGUUCCUCAUCUACAUCGCCAUAUUGCUCACUCACGGCAACUCGGCAGUCAACCCCAUAGUCUACGCGUUCCGCAUCAAGAAGUUCCGAAUGGCUUUCCAAAGGAUCUGGAAGCAGUACUUCUGCUGUAAGGAGGCUCCUCCAAUCGAGACCCAAAUGAGUGAAAGGCUGGACAAGGACCACUACAGUCCUCAGGCUGUAAUUCCACUGGAGCACAAUAACAUUUGACUGGAAGCCCCAGGGGAACUCGCCAAGCAGACGGACUAUGUUGGCUACUCUUAGUAACUUCUAUUUUGAAUGUAAUUCAGCGCUUUGUCUGCACAAGCCGCUGACUGCUGUCGUCAGAGUGCCCCAUUAUGGAAUUAUUAUGAAACAUUAUCAGUCCACUUGGAGACAAGAGGGAAUGAGUAGACAGUGGAAUUCAAUCAUACAGAGAGGGAAUCUGAGAAUAUCCAUACCGGAAAUGAGGCGAUUUUAAUUUAAUACUUAUGAAAAAUGUUUACUAGAUCAAAGGCAUCUGAGAUAAAAACCACAGGGAAACUAAACUAGCCUGCAGGUAUCAUACAAGUAGAAAAAAAAGAAAAACACUGGAAGCUUCGCACCACUGUGCCAUCCAGAAUGUGCAAUACUGUCUCAUUACGAAAUGCUAUAAUCACUAUGAAUUUUAAUUAGUCAGAGAACAGUUUAAUGAGUAAAUGUGAAUGUAUACAGAAAACACUGACAGUAAUACAUUUAAACAUUUGAUACACUGAACUUUCAGUUGGGAAAACUGAGAGAACGUUAGGAAUAUUGAAAAAAAAUCUCUAUAGAGUUGUAGAGUUUUCUGUUUCCUUGUUGCUCAGCAUAUUUGAGCCAAUAAAGCUGCAAUAGUCAGAGACCAUUAAGCACAAGGUACCAUUUUUUUUAGGAAAAAAACCCCAGAAAACAUAUAUGAUCAGAAAUCUGUGGUUUACAGCAGUUUAGACGCCACUCUUUGCUCUCAUGACAGAUUUUUUUUUCAGAACAUUUCAGGUUUUUAACGAAAUCUGCAGGGAUAUUUUUCCACACAUCUAAAGUUCAGUCUUAGAAGUUGCAUUUUCUGUUUCUCAUGACCCAAAUGACCCCAAACACAGAAUCAUUAGUUCACAAAAAAACUGUCAGACUCUUCGAGUUGAGCUGUCUUCUCACAGGCGGAAACUCCUGUGGAUUGUUUCAGAUCUGAGAAAGAGUGGAGCUUGAUUUUCUCCUCCCUCUCAAAGAUGAAAGCUUUAAGUCCUGUUUAUCUGAGGGUGAUAGUUUUAAUGGUCUACAAAGUCUUGCACAGAGGUCAAGUGUCUCAAUGUCCCUAAACCUUUUAAUCAUUUUUUUGAAAUCCAGUUUUGAAAAGCCGUGUUAUGUCACUCAUCCUUCCUCACGAAAGCAGAUAAUCUCCUGGAAAAUGAAGGACGUGUAGCUGUUUUGACUGGAACAUAAAUAAAUGAAGGGUGGUCUCUGACUUUUGCACAGUACUGUAGUUUCAUUAUAUAAUUAAUUAUAAUAUAUUUAAAUAAGGGCUGCCCAGUUAACCAUGGACAAGCUGAAAUCAGACAUGUGGCUUGCAUUUAUAAAGGCCACAGUUAACGUCUUAAAUAAUAUAACCAGCAAAGUAUAAUACAGUAUUGAGUUUAAAAAAAAAAGAACAGUGUCCUGACAUUUAUAACGGUAUCGCUGAUCCGCCCCUCAGUCUCUUUCUGAGGACCUCUUGCCAUCUUUCAUGGAAACCAGUGUCAAUCAGAACUAGGCCUGUGUGCGUCCUAUCAGUGGGCAGGGGAGGGGGAGAGGAUAUAUAUAGCGCUCAAACCCAAGCUGAGUGAGCUUUUUCCACAGAGUUGCUUAUGCAGUUCAGGGCUUGUGAUUUUUGUGGUUUAUUUCAUUACAAGCUUGAUCUGAGAACUGAAUCUGAGCCCAACCGAACUGCAGUGUAAUUACACGUCAAGGCUUUUCAGAAGAAUCAGAAUCCAACCUUGACCUCUGUGUCCCUAAUACCUGCCGCUACCUUACUGUGGAGUACUUACUACAAAUGCCACUACUCUUUGAAAGAGCGCAACACAGACGGACAUUAAAGGCAAAUUCCACCAAUUGUUAAACAUUUCUGCAUAAUUAAAUGGUUAAGAUGUAAACAAUGGGCUUCAUUCACCAAUCGCUCUUGAGAAGAAAGCUCUGCUUGAAACCCACUUAUGCAGUUUUUAUGAAGAUUCUGAUAUUAACCGUGUUUUCUUAUUUGGGAUUUGUUCUCAGGUGAGAACAGAAUCUACACACACUCAAGAGCACAAAGGCGUGAACAGUUCUGCAGUUUAGCCCUUUAUGGUGUUGAUGUUUAUCAGACGGCUAGUGUAGGGUUCUCCUUUAGCAGCCAGUCCACCCUCACACACACUUAUACAAACACACACACACACACACACACACACACACACACACACACACACACACACAGACACACACUAAAAGCAGGCCAAGUAGGAGGAGAACAGAGUGAAGGACACAGCAUCUCCACACGUUUACUCCCUGCGGGUUCAGCCCAACACCACACAUGUAAUAUAAGUGAUUAAAGGGUUUACAAUGUCACUUAAAA